UAUGGUUAGAAUGUUAGUCAAUACUAUUUUAUUGUAGUUGUUUACUCAAAUAACUUCAUUUGCAGUGGUGAGAUCUGAAUGAUCUACAACCACUUUGCAUACAUUUAUUCUAGUGGUUAGAAGGCUAAUGAAAUUUUGAAUUAUUAAAUUAAUACUCUGAUUAUCUCGAGCACAAAGAUCACGUCAAUAUGAGUACAAGCGUUUCAGUGAAGUUGAUGGACCUGCCCAUCGAGAUGAUUGAUAAAAUUUUAUCAUAUUUCUCCUAUGAUCAGAUUUCAAAGUUGAGAGGUGUAAAUCAGGCAUUUAACAACAUCUGCAGUGACAAGUUGAACAAAGGGUUCGCUCAGCUGGAACAGUUCCACACUAAGUGUUUGAAGGCGGUGAAGUCUCGGUUGCCUCGGAGAGAGUCGGAGAGGAAACAUCAUCCCCUGGCAAGGCACAGCGACAUUCUGAUGUCCGUAGAGACGAGGCUCUCGAUGUUGUCCAUGACGUAUAUGAAGUACAUUGAUGCACGUCACUGUUGUUUUAUUCCUGGAAAAGUGCUUGAUGAGGCUUUUAAAGCAUUAAGAGUUGUAAAUCAGAGUAUCAACAACACGCCUAAUACAUCUUCAAAUGUUAAUUACCUGACAUUGCCGAGACCUCAUGACUUUCUGCAAGAGUAUCGAGACAUCUCUUCAAUGGCUAUGGAACACUUUGACGACAAAAUUCUCCCCUCAAUUAGAGAGAAAAUGAGGCUUGAGAACCCUCGACUGUACUGUUUUAAAAGUAGAGCAGUGACAAAUAGGCUACUUCCUUUUUUAGGCAGACCUCCUUUCCUACAGCCAGUGAAAGUGCCACUGUCUCAAGACAAUGCCGGGGCCAUCAUCGUCGGUUGCUCUCGGCUCUUGCCCGCUACCAAACAGAACCUCGAGAAUGAUGGUGAGAGGGCUGUGACCAAGGCAAUGCCUUCAAUGAAGCUCUUUAGGAUGCUGCACCACACCAAAGCCAAGUGCAACAGCACCCAUAGAGACGUCUUGACUUUACAACGGACCACGAAGUCGGUUUUACACAAAAUCAAGUGUCAGAAUGUUCUGGUGAAACAGAGAUUAAAUGCACAAAAGAUGAUGUUAAAGCACAUGAAAAGAGAGCUUAGAGACACCAGGAAUGCUAUGAAUGUUAUGAGCAAAGAACUAAACCGAUUGAAGUUUGAACAAACGUCUUCUGGAGUUUCAGCUUCAGAAGAGAGAUCAUCCACUGAUGAACAUAAUUUGCCAGUUGCUUUGCCAACAUUGUGCAUCCCUUUCAUCAAUAGUAAGGCUUCAACUGAAACAAAAGGUGUGAAGAGGAAACGAGACAGUUCUAAUGAAAUUACAAGUAAAGAUGCAUUUUGUAAAUUGUUAUGUAAUAAGUGAGUAUUGUAAUUUUUGUGUAUAUUUUUACUGGGCACUUUUAAAAUCUAUGCUUUAAUUAAAACCAUCAUGUAUACCUGAUGUUUGUAUUUACUUGUAUUUUUGUGAGUUGUAAAUAAAAGAGAAGUUGUGAACAGUACUGCAAUUAUUAUUCAAUGCUAAAGUGCCAUAUUGUGUAAGUUAAUUUAUAUUAGAGAAAUAUUUGGAAUAAACUUGUCACUUAUUCAUUUAUUUGGGUAGUAAUGAAAGUAACGACCGGAACAGCAAAGUACAUGUUUCACGUUAUUAACUUAUUGGAAUCGUCCUACUGAACAAAAAAAUGUAAGGUUGAAGUUAUAGAAAUAAAAAAAUGGAACUACUUUUCACACGCGGAGCAAUAUUUCCAUGUUGUACUUCUGUGUCGGACUCAUGUGACCUUUGUGACCGUGAUGCAUCAUCAGAUGCGCCACCAUGAGCAGACUUUCGGGCCAUAUGAACGACGUUUUUCUUAAUUUCGAGCUACAAAUUAAUUAGUUGUUAUCGGUUUCAGACGAAUGCCAUCAGCGUGGGCUGCAGCAGUGGCGCUGCCCCACACUGAUGUCAGUGAAAGAAAAAAACAUCCCUCGAGAUAGUACAUAUCAGUAAAAUAUCAAAUUCUAGAGGGACUGAUCAGUAAUAUAAAUUUAAAAGUAAUUUAUGUAUAGUGUAAAAAACGUAAUAAAUCGUGUAAAAACCCAAUAUUAAUAUAUAAAUGGACAGUAAUAUACAACACUUACCAUUAAAACUAAAUAAUCUUGUUUCGGUCAAAACGUAAUCUCCUAACAUGCCCGACAGAACACUCCGGCACACACAAUUCACUAUGAUUCGUCGAACUAGUGGAUGAUUGAUGUAUGAUUGACAAGAACUCACUCAAUCCAAACUACAGUACACAGUAUCGAUAUCUUGUGAAGCACUGGACCACAACCCUGGAGCGAUCAGAUAACAGAUAAGCUAUCAGUCCCAGCUGCAGAUAACAUUGAAGUACAUAGAUAUCGAGACACAGCACACAAACAGAACAUUAAAAUAUUAUAAACUUAACUAUUUAUGAAUAUACUUCCUAAAACCAUGUUAUUUGCCAUUUGCACUCCCUAAAACCAUAUAUAUUUUUGUUCAGAAAGAUGAGCAGAAUAUGUUAAUAACGUCAAAUUCGUGAUUUCACGGGUCGGCCUUUAACCUCAUAGAUAUCUUUAUUUGGUGUUGUUUUUAUGAUAUUUUUAUUUAGUGGUUUGUUAUGUUGUUUGUUAAGUUUGUUCAAGUAAUUCUUUCUUUACGUAAUAAAAGAGCAUCUUGCUUUGGUUUCUUUAUUUUUUCGUUUUAAACAACUAAUAAUUCUUUUUCUUUUCCAAUUACUUGAUCUUUCUAUUUAUCUAGUGCAUAAAAAGAUACGUACAAACUAAACAAAAUCUACUGAAGAUUGAAAAAUAAUGCUCUCAAACCUCCUCUCUUCAGUAUAUUUUAGCAGAAAUUCCCAUUUCAGAUAACACACAAUAUGCCCUUGAUACAGUAAUACCCCUUUUACAACUGUAUAGAUCUUAUUCCAAAGCCAAUGCUUAUUAUAUAUAUAAAAUAUACUAUUCAGAAAUAUUAUUCGAUUCUUUCACGCUUUUAAUUUUUUUAAGACAAAAUGUGUCAGUUUUUAAAAAGCGCAUCGGUAAGUGGCUAUUAGAGUUAAGCAUAUUACGGGUGGAGAUCAUUGUACAGAGGACCUGACCCUUGACCCCAAGAUCAUGUCACUGUUACUGACAAGACACUUUCUCAUCUCACUCCUCUAUAAAUCUUGAAUUAGCCACACUGUACCAUUAUAUUUAUACGUUCACAACAAAGUACACAUUGAGCAAGAGCUGUUUGUACAGCUGUCGGAAGUUGAUCAAAAUAUUAAAUGGAAUAUCUAGAUAAAGGUCUAGAUCAUUGUAUAGGAUUUUAAGGAAAAAAAAACAUUGAUAUGAAAACUUACAGUUAAAUCCUGAAGAAAUAAUCGCAAAUUAAGGCUUUGUAACAUUGGAUUUGGGUAUACACUGUUUGUAAAGAUUCCAUUUAAGAUUUUGAUCAACUUCCGACAGGCUGUCCUGCUAAAAAGGAGAACUAUCACCACUCAUAAGGACAUGUAUUGGUUGUUAAAAACGUUAAUUUCUAACAGUUGAAGUGUAUCAUUUACACAAACUGACCCAUUAAAUCACUAUUUACAUCUAUUUUUAGCACCGCUGUUGUUUUAUCUAAACAAUGUAAUAGUUUUAAUAUAUUUUUGUAGUGUUAGCUUACUUUAGAUCUCACAAUGUGAUGGCAUAUAUAUUAUAAAUAAUAAUCACUGUAUCAAUGCCUGA